GUCUUGCCUCUCUUGUGAUAAGAACUCUCUUUCUACUACAACUAGUACCACUACUAAGGAUCCAAAAAAAUAAUGAUCAGCAUCAUCCAUCCAUCCCGCGACACCUUGGAGUUCGUCUCCUACCGCCGGUUCAAACGCUUCGAGCCAUGCACCAGAGAACGGUUUAAUACGAAAUGCGAAUCCUCUACAACUCAAGCUUCUUCUUCCCAAUAAGCUUCUCAAAGUGAUCUCUUCGUCGAUUCUCAGCUUCAUCUUGCCACCACCACCACCACCAUCAUUACAGCUUUAAUUCAACACCAUCUUUCACUUUUCGUCUCUCUCUCUCUCUUUCUCUCGACCCUCUCACUCCACUGUGAUCCCUAUUUCUUGCCAAAUUUUCAGCUACUGCAGCUUUAAAAAAGAGCAUUUUUAAACAAAUGUAUAAUAAUAAAUGAUAUGAAUUCUUG